AAGAAGGCGGAGUGGGGGUGGUGACGAGAUGGUAAGAGUUGCGUUGCGUUUGUAACGAGUGGAACUCUUCAGCAUAAGAAGCAGAAUAAGUGUGUUGAGUGUGUGUUAAGAAGAUGGCUGCGCCCAGUCUGAACCUGCUUCAAUUGCCUGAUGCUAUUUUACUUCGGAUUUUCACUUAUUUACCAAUCCCCGAUGUCUACCAACUGUCCAAGAGCAGCCCCAAAUUGCACUGUCUCUGCUAUGAUCAGUAUGUGGUGAGUUCUCUUCAUCUCAGCUGUUUCCAUGAAAUGUCCAAAGACAUCUACAAAGAGAUCAUAAGCAAUUCCUGUCGCCACAUCUGUAAGCUGAACUUGAACCACUGUUACUGGCUUCCGGCUCAAGUUGUUACCGAAAUGGUGCUCAAGUGCCAGAAAGUCACCGACCUGCACCUGAUCGAAUGCAAACUCCGAUCUCAUCAACUCGUUCAGAUUCUUGCAAAGAACCAACUGAUCCGGGUAUUUUCCUGCUCAAUCGCCAGCAUCACAGACAUAACGGAACAAGUUAUGCGGAACAAGGCGGCACAGAAUACACUCUGGCUAGAGAGUUUACGCGUUCUGGGCACGCCACAUAGGGGAUUACCAAAAGACAUGCUCAGUCCGCUCAUUUUGAAUGUAAAUAACUUCCAGAGAAUCAAAGAACUUGCAAUAAACGAUGCCGCCGAUCCGGCCGCUCGGAUUUUCUUCUUCGGAACUUUAUUGGAAUUAUGUAAAGUAGACCUUCAUCUGAAGACUCUGUUGAAGCCGAUGGCAAACCUGACAACCAAGCCAUAUUUUGCAAAUAUUUUCAAAAACAUGUCAGAGAUGGAGAACUUGGAUUUGUCUCGGUCUAACAUCGAGGUUCCAAUGGAUAUGAUUAAAUGGGAAGAAGCAGUCAAUUUGCGACAUUUGAACUUAUUAGAGAACAUCAAAAUCAAUAGUGAACAGUUGUCCACGUUAGCUGGUUUGUGUCCACACAUUGUUAGCCUCAAUCUUCAAUACUGCAUCUCAUCUUUCCAAGCAGGCAAAAAUAAUUAUCCAUUACAAGAAGAUUUGAAAGGUUUACAAGCAUUAAUCUCUUCCUGUCGGCAUUUGACACACUUAAAUUUGAGCGGCAUCCACUCCCAUUAUCUUCUUUCUCUUUGCUUAGGUUUGAAGUCCCUGGCCCUUUCAUCCUGUGCUGUUGUCCAUAAACAUUCUGAUACCAGAGAACAUACGUUCAAUAUCAAAUUAGAUGAAGUACCGGCCAAGAAACGCCGCAUGUCUUGGAUGGAAGCAAAUAGUCCCUUCUCAGAGCUUUCCUCUGAUGUGAACCUCUACUCUACCGAUUCUCUGUCAUCUGGGGCAACAACCAACUCCAGCUGCCAAGAUUUGGAAACUUUGGUUAAAGGAUGCCCCAACAUGGAACAUUUUGAACUCAUCACACCCAACUUCUAUUCAGUUUUCCAUAAAGUUCUUGGAAUGUGUACGAGGGAACAGAAUUUUUAUGCUUGUGAACCCUCCCGCCAGUUACACGAAAGUCAGUUAACGUGGAUUGGUCACUGGAAAAAUCUUCGUUAUCUUCAAUUAACUGGAAUUCCAGAAAUUCGUCUUGGAACCAGCCUGGUCUCUAUUUGUAAACACUGCAUCCACUUAGAAAGACUUCAUCUGGCUCAGCUAGGUUUACCUGGUCACAUUACAUACCAUUCUAACCUAUGUAAAGCAUUAACCCAUUGCAAACAGCUGAAAGAUUUCAGAAUAGAACAACCCAACAUGAAACUCAAUGAAACCUUUUUCCGUUCCUUGUGGAGUUGUCCUGAACUGGAGAGAGUGUGUGUGGCCAGUAACAGGAGUACCUACGAUUCCGUCUUGAUCGACCAGUUACUGUCUAUGGCUUCCAAGAUGAUUGUGCUCAUGCUGUUUUCCGGAAUGUCUCAAGAAAACUGCAAACAUUUGCAAAGUUAUUUAACAAAGAAAUACAAACCAAGCCGUCCUGCCUUGUGGAUUAACCUUUUCCCUUUACAACACAUUGAUCUUAAAGACGAGUUGAAUUCUAUACCAACCAAACAUUAUGAGGAACUGAUGUUACUCAGAUCUCGAGUUAGUGUCAAGCCAGUUGACUGGUGAAGCCAUUUUAACAGAAACCAUAAUCAUCAUCAUCUUCAUUACUAUGAUUAUUAAUAAUAAUAUUAUUAUUAUUAUU